CCUCCUCAUCCUUCUCCGGCGGCCGCCCUCGCUCCCUGCCUCCCCCCGCCCCAUGGGGUAACAGAUGAAACUGAGGAUCAAAGAAGUUAAGGGAUCUACUAGCUAUGUGACUAUUGGCAAAUAUCAGAGCUGGGAUUUGAAUCCAGGUCUACUGAUUCCAAGUUGAGUGUUCUUAUCACUUCAGGAGACUGCCUCAUUAUAUACCACGACAUUUUGAAGAACUCCUCAGAGAUUAUUAUUAGGAGCAUUUUUCCUCGAUGUAUUAAAAAAUGUAUUAUACUACUGUGACUCACUGAAAACAGCUAAAGAAACAGUUUUCAACUUUGGAUUUAUAGAAAAAAAAAACCCACAGAUUUCCAAAUGAAUAACAGAAAGGAAGAUAUGGAGAUUGCCUCCCAUUACCGUCAUCUUCUUCGUGAGCUAAAUGAGCAGAGACAGCAUGGAAUCCUCUGUGAUGUUUGCAUUAUAGUAGAGGGGAAGAUCUUUAAAGCCCACAAAAAUGUUUUGCUUGGGAGCAGCCGCUACUUCAAAACGCUGUACUGCCAGGUACAGAAGACUUCUGAUCAGGCUACAGUUACUCAUUUAGACAUUGUCACUGCACAGGGCUUUAAAGCCAUCAUUGACUUCAUGUACUCUGCUCACCUUGCUUUAACCAGCAGGAAUGUUAUUGAAGUGAUGUCAGCUGCUAGUUAUCUUCAGAUGACUGAUAUCGUACAAGCCUGUCAUAAUUUUAUAAAAGCAGCUCUUGAUAUAAGCAUAAAAUCUGAUGCAUCUGAUGAACUUGCAGACUAUGAAAUUGGGGCUCCUUCCAGCAGUAGUACUGAUGCAUUGAUUUCAGCAGUAGUAGCUGGUAGGAGUAUUUCUCCAUGGUUAGCUCGGCGAACAAGUCCAGCAAAUUCCUCUGGAGAUUCAGCCAUUGCCAGUUGUCAUGAAGGAGGAAGCAGCUAUGGGAAAGAGGAUCAGGAACCAAAAACAGAUAGCCACGAUGACAUUUCAUCACAGUCUUUAUGGACUAGUGACAUGGGAUAUGGAUCUUUACGUAUUAAAGAAGAACAAAUUUCACCAUCACAUUAUGGUGAAAAUGAAUUGCGUACUGUUAAGGAUGGUUCAGUACAGAACACUUUCUCAGAACAAGUCAUAGGGGAUGGUUGGCAGCCAUCAGGCCGUAGGAAGAAUCGAAAAAAUAAAGAAACUGUACGUCACAUUACCCAGCAGGUAGAGGAUGACAGCCGGGCAAGUUCUCCAAUGCCAUCUUUUUUAUCUGCUUCAGGAUGGCCAUUUAACAGUCGUGAUCCAAAUGCUGACUUGACAGUGACAGAACCCAGCAGCUCUGAUAGCCGGGGGGAGAGAGCUGACCUCUAUGCAAAUGCUGAUGAGGCCCUCCUUGGAGGAGAAGCUAGCUACCUGUCUCAGCCCCUCACCCCAGAGAAGGAAGAUGCACUGCACCAGGCUACAGCUGUUGCUAAUUUACGGGCGGCUCUCAUGAGUAAAAACAGCUUGUUGUCUCUCAAAGCAGAUAUGCUAGGAGAUGAUAGCUCUCUGCUGUUUGAAUAUUUGCCCAAAGGCACACAUUCAUUAUCUCGGCCUGGCACCAACUUGAAUCGUUCAUGGGGCGAAUUUGAUAGCAAAGUGGAAGCAUCAUCUCCCCAGCUGCCUUCAUCACACCUUUCCAAUCAGAGCCCCCCUGGGAUCUACCAUUCUGGUGAAAUGUCACCAGAAACUAUGAUCAAGGGAGAGAUGCCUCCUUCAGCUCAGGCCACCUGUAAGAGGCUUUUCACCAUGUGGCAGCUGGACACUGACACAGCCUUGUCAGCACUGUCUAUGGGCCUUAGUCCUGGAGCGGAAUUUGAACCUACAACCAUCAGGCCCGGAUUAAAUGAAUUCACGGUGAUUAGAAAGAAGUUCAAGUGCCCAUACUGCAGUUUCUCAGCUAUGCAUCAGUGUAUCUUGAAGAGACACAUGCGAUCCCACACAGGGGAGAGGCCUUACCCAUGCGAGAUCUGUGGGAAAAAAUUUACUCGGCGGGAGCACAUGAAGCGACACACACUGGUGCACAGUAAAGACAAAAAAUAUGUGUGCAAAGUAUGUAACCGAGUAUUUAUGUCUGCCGCAAGUGUGGGAAUCAAGCAUGGCUCCCGCCGCCAUGGCGUAUGCACCGAUUGCUCAGGCCGGGGCAUUCCUGGCCAUUUGGAUCAGAAUGGAGGAGAAGGUUCUCCAGAUGAAAUGUACCCUGGAGAAAGUCAGUAUAUGGAGGAUCCCGAUGACAUCAAAGUGGAGGGGGAUGAGGAGUUAGGUGAUGAUGAUGAAAUCAAGUGGAAAGAUGAUGUUGGUAUUUCCCAGGAUGAUGUGAUUUUAGAAGAUGACAAAGAAGAUGUUGACUGUUCCCAGGAACAUGAGAAUUCUGGGGAGCAUGACAAGGAUUUUACCUGGAUUUCAUAGGGAACGGUCUUUGGGGGCCAAGGGGUGGGGGGCAGGGAGGGAAGAAGGAAGGAGAAUGUGGAAAAGCAAAGAAGCCUUGUUGUUGUUCCCAUGUGUAAGUUUUGUUUGUUUUUGUUUUAUUUGAUCAAAUGUAAGUCCUUUAACUGUUUAAUUCAGCUAUUAGUAAAGACCACUUGGGGUGGCAAAUUUUUUUAUCCCUUCUCCUUACCUUUCCAGCUUCUUUCCCAUUACUUCCUAGGGCUCCUCUUCUUUCUCACCCCUUAAAUCUGCCUUUGCCUCAAUAAGGAAGCAAAUCCAAUUGCAUGCAAGUGACUAUUUCUGAAGAGAUGAGCUUUGUGAAUGGAGUGAGAAGUGGGGAGAGGGAAUUUUUUCAAAGGCAUAUGCUUUUUUGGUUUUUUAAACCUUCCCCACCUUAAACACCAAGGGAUAAGGGGACGGCUUCUAUCCAAAGUAAUAAAUAAAAAUUCCAGUAGUAGCGAGUGUACUUAUCAGUCCAUGUAAACCAACCAGUACAUGUACAGAUGGCCUCCCCAACCCUUCAGUGAUCACUUUGCAAGGCAAACCUCUAGUAAAUGGUGGGGUUUUUUUUUUUUUUUUUUUUGAGUGGGGAAACUUGUCUAGCACUGUGAUAACCUAUACAAGUUUGGUUUUCUGAGGGUGGGGUGGUUUUGGCUCUCCAGGACCUGGGGUUACCAACCCCUCUGUUUAUAAUUGUACCCAGCUCUGUAUCCCAGAGACAGUGUGUUCUCCUAGGAGGUACAGAAUCAUUUCUGGCCUUGGGGUAAGAUCAGCCAGCACUCAAUUGGUUUACAUGAGUCUGGUUCCCAUUCUCUUCUUUACCUCCUGCCCUCCUUUUCAUAGGUAUAUGCAAAUUCUGACCAAUUGAAGACAUUUCAAAAACGGAAAGGAAAAUGGCUAAGAUGUCUCUCUUGACCUUUGUUGCUAACCUGCACCAUUCCAGCUCUUUGCUUCAAAGGAGAUUGAUCCUGGUACUUUAUUAACCAGAUAAGCCUACUCAGGGGCCGGUUUUGGUCCCUGCCAAACCUCUUUCCCAGCAGAGCCUGACUCCAGCCCCUGGACGUCCCCUCUGUCUAAUGGAGAAGACUUUCCUCAGUUUUAUUCCAUGUGGCUGUCAGCUCACUCUUCCCUUCUCAGCCUAAUGCCUUCCUCUGACAAGUUUCAGAAAAUAAGUGUCCUGUUGUACAAGGAAGAAGGGCUCUGCUGAACCUCUCACCUCUGUGCUUUGGUGCUGAAAACAAAACAACACUCCAAGUUGAAGACCUCACUGUUUUUAUACAGCAUAAACGGCAGGGGUGGGGCCAUCCUGAAUCCUGCCACCACAGUCCCGGUGUGACCCGGUAAGCCAAAUGAUUCUAAGGUGCUAUUUUCCAUAAUGGGAGAGGCAAAAUGCUUGUGAAAGCAUCAGAUGGGCUUUCGAUUUCAAUCAUUUAAAGCAGGCCUCCUCCUUGGGCCAUGGGGAAGAUUUUCAUUCUGAUAGUGCUUGGGGAUUUUGAUGGCUUUGAGCCGAGCAUCUCUUUUCAAGUGAGCAGGGUAAAGUGGCUAUCUCCAUCCCACCCAUACUUGGAGAAGGGGCCAUUGGGCUUCCUCCCCUCAGAUCCAUGCAACCCUGUUAUUCCACAGCCACUCUUAGUUCCUCUGAAGAAAUGUUCAUCAGUUUUCCUAUGCGUGCUUCCUUCUGGACCUCAGGCAAGCUUUGUGCGACACUGGGGCUCUACCCAUAGCAAGCCUGCGUUAUUGGGCUGAAGAGUUUCCCCAACUCGGGCUAGAGCUGCUAUCAGUUGAAUCUGGUGGAAGGGGAUCACAUGGGCCAAUCUUCUAAACCACUCCUACUGAUAGCCCCCGUUACUCUGAGCCAAAGUCUGGGAUCGCUUUCUUUAUUGCUGCUAACACGAUGAAUUGACAAACCUAUCUGCAGUUUGCUGCUUAAACCUUCCAAAAUGGGUAACCACAGUUUGUUUUUUUGUUUUGUUUUGUUCAUUUGUUGUUGUUGUUGUUGUUUUUCAAACAGUCAAGGAAUGAUGUUUGUAGUAGGCAUAUCAAACUGUUAUGUUUGUGGUUGUUUUUCUUUGACAAAAAUGUACAAAGCUGUUGAGCAUUUAGUCUGUUAGAAAGCCAAUUGCCCAUUUUUAGUUUUGUUUUGUUUUGAAAUGAAGCCACAGAUUGCACCUUUUUUGCUUUUCGUUUUUUUUUUUUUUCUAAAUGCACAACACAAUCACUCAUCCUGUGCACUGUCUAAGAGUUCCAAUUCAGCCCAAGCUCACUGCUUCUUGGCCUCUCGAGCUGCAGAAGGCAGCUCUGCAUGGCACCGUUUGUCUGGGAUCCUCUUUGUACAGCUUCCUUUUCCCUGUUCUUCUAGAGGACAUCUGUUGUAUCCAGACCAAUGCAAACAGUACUUUUAAAAAUGGCUAUAUUGUGGCUUUUUCUAUAUUAAAGCUAUUUUUAAAAACACUUCAGUUUCUAAGACAUUCCACAACUUUCAUCCACCUUGACUUCAGUAAAUAGAAAUUUACUACCUUAAGCUAUUGUGUUUUAAGGGAUAAAAGUUGGAUCCUGGGCUGACUUUUUGUUCCCUUUCUCUUUAGAGUGAACUUGACUUUGUAUGAAGAUUUUUGGGGGUGCUGAGCUUUACUUUGUGUUAAACUUAGAAGUGUUUUAUAUUGCUUUUUGUCUUUUUUUCCCCACGGACAGUACAAACCUGUUCUAAACGUGCCACUUCUAUGCUCUUUAGGCAAAGGAAGCAAAAAAUAAAUAAAUAAAAGAAAGAGAAGAAAAAAAGAGAGAAAACCCACACAAAGGCUAACUUGUUAUAGUUAUCAUGACAAAAUGAUAUAGCACAUGCUUCUAUAUUACUAACAUACACACUGAGUAUUUAAACCAAAUAAAUCAUUCUGAUAUGUGAUAUAGAUUUUAAGUGCGUUGUUUUUGAUGGAGGUGUGCAGAUUUGGAAAUGCAAAGAAUUCAGGUAUCAUUUUCUAAAAUAUUACCCCAUAGGGCAGAAAUCCUGGGUAUUUUUUAUGUAAAAUCAGUAAUGGUUUCUAUAAAGUAGAAGAGGGUACUCUCUAUACAACUUUAUCAGCUGCUUUAAUUAGAAGUGUAAACAUCACUUAGUUAGAAACCCUGCUGUCCUUUACUCAAACUAGAGUCUGUGAAGAAAAUUGGAGACUGAAGAUUUUUCUAUCAGUAGGAAUAUAGAAUGAAAGGAGUCAGGGCUCUGUGGCCUGAACUCUUGGCACCUAACUUGCUGCUGCUUCUUCCCUUGCUCUGGGUUUGAAUUGGUGUUGGCUUUUUGUUUUUGAAAUUUCUUUGAAGGGCUUAUUUUCUUUCCCAGUUUACUAGGAAUAGUCUUUAGUACUAAGCUAAUUUUUUUCCUGUUCUCUCAAGUUUGGCUUGAAUUCAAGAAACUUAAUCACAUCUUACCUUUUGUACCUCUCUAAGAACUUUGUACCUUUCAUUGAAAGGUCCCUUUUUUAACUGCUUUUCUAAAUACAGACUUAGUUUCUUAGAAAAUACAUUUGGAAACAAGAUCUUUGCUACCAAUGGGAAUUUCCUGGUUCAGCCUUCUCAGUUUUGUAUCAAUUUCCCAGUCUCUUUCAGGCUGGAGUCUGUUCUAACCACCUUUUGAUAAAAUAUGAUGGCUGAGGACUGCCUCAUUUUCUGGUGGUCACUUUGCACAUAGCUGAGGAAUUCUUCUCCAGCUCCAAUUCUUUGUGUCUCUCCAAACUCAGGAUACUUUGCUUUGUUGUGGGUUAUUUUUUAAAAUACUGCUGAUUCUCUCCAAACUGCUCUUAGUAGCCUGUCUCUCUCCGGUUAGCCGUUUGUGCCGUACUGUAUGAAAGGAUUUUUCCUUUUUUUUUUUUUUUUUUUUUUAAAGAAUAGUGUACCGGUAAAUUUAGGUUCUGGAUUUCCCCUCCUGCCAAGUACCCUUAAAGUGUUUUUUGGAUACUAAUUAGUGAAUAAUAUAUGUAGUUUCCUAUUUGGAAUACUCUUUGAAUUUUAAAAUGCAAGGUAUAAAGGCAAGAAGAUCCUUACAGGGAGGUUUGGGAGGGGAGAAGGGACAUUAUGAAAUGAAGUUUUUUUGGGUUUUUUUUAAGUGACUGACCUUUUUUUUAAAAUCAAUGUUUAAGCUAAUAAAGAAAUAUUUUUUUAUGAAAAGGGAAACAGUGUAGAUUACAUUUCACAAUCUGUAUUUUUUUGAAUUGCUUUUUUGUGUUUCCAAAAUGGAAAAUAUUUGAAGGCCGUCUUUUUUUUUUUUUAACUAUGUUUUAUGUAUCAAACUCUGGAUCCUGACAAAGUUGUAUAUUUGGGCUCUCUCUCUCUGAGUUAUAGGAUACAGUCAGAACACUGCCAUCUUUCGACAGGACCUCGGCUAAAAAGACACACCUUAAUGCUUCCAAUUUUGCACAUCUUCCUUUUUAAAAGAAAACUCCAAGAAAAAUGCAAAAACUGGAAUUUUUUGCAAUAUUAUUAAAGAUAAUCUUGUUUUAGAUCAUUUUGUGACAUGUGCAACUCUUAAAGCCAUACUGAUGGUUCUUUUUACUUUUAAAUCUAUCCUAUAUUGUGUUUGAGAUGCUGCCCUUUUUAGAACCAACUGUAGUGAGAGUGCUGUGCGUAUGCUUUUCAUAUAUAUUUAUUUUUUCAACCUGCUUUCAACCUGUUGUCAAACAAGAGACAAAAAGGGCAGUGUUUGAAGAUUAUUGAUUUUUUGCUGGGAAUAUUCUAUAUUAUACUGACUUUAUAUUAAUUAUUAUAAACCUGUGUUUGUAUUGAAGAUGUGUUUAAUAUUUGGGGGGGAAAAGAUUUUAGUAACCAGAAGUCAGUGGGAAAACAUGACUGUGUGUUGUACUGAUUUUCUGUAAUUGUAGUACAGGUAAAUAUGACUUUAUUUUCUAGUUGAUCUCACAGUUUCUUGUCUGUGUAGGCAUGCCUAAGGUGUGCCUAGAAAUUCUAUUUACUUUAUGUGAUGGGAUUAGCUUAGACAUACUUGCAAAAUGGAUCAGUUUCAAUAAAUCAGGAAAUUGCU